GCGAAGUUGGACAUGAAGUGGUGUGCGUCGACUUGGACACGGGCGUGGUCGUGCAGGGCGAGUUGCCCGUGGAUUUGCCGUCUCCAGUGUGGAAGACGUUGCAUGCGACGUUGCGGCAAUGCGUCAAGCUGCACGUAACCAAGAGCGACCACGUGUUUAGCCACUCGUUUGAGCGGCAGCCGCGCGAGUUUCCCCAGCGUCGCGUCCGUCUGGCCUUUCACGACGCCGUCCUUGCGGUCAUUGGAAGUGAGGACGUUGCAACCAGCAAGGGGGGCGUAGAAGACGUCCACUUCGGUCGGUUUCGCUACUUGUGGGACGACCAGUACCAGGACAAGAUGGUAUUUUUCGACGAAGCAGGGUACUUGGCGUCGUCGCCCGUGGUCAUGCGGCCGUUCCGAACGUGUUUGAUUGCCACACAGGCAUUUUCCGAGUACAUCGUCGACCACAACGGGUUCACGGACGACGAAGCUUCCAACUAG